CAGACGGACGCGUCCCUUCGUCCUGCCACCGCCAACUGGUGUUCUUUCGAAAAAGCGCGAAAACUGAAAACUGAAGUAUUUGAAAGGGUUCUCCCUCAAGUCAAACGGCCAAAACAAAAAGAAAUACUAUUUUUUUCGAGUGUGCAGUGUGAAGAGGGGGGGGGCGAAAAGAGGGGCCGCACACAGGAGAAAGCUGAAAGCAGGGCGGCGAGGACGGAAAUGAAGCCAGCAAGUUGUGUGCAUAUCGGAGAAAGUAACGGAAAUUAAAAUUUGCAUAUAUGCAAGAGGCGGCGGGCGGCGGUGGGCGGUGAGCGGCGAGCGGCGAGCGAUGAAGAUGGAAAUUAAGAUGAAAGCGAGCCCGCAACUGACCGAAAGCGAGACAGUAACAGAGACCCCCAACCGAACCCAGAGACUCCAGUGCCAGAUCUAACCAGCCAGACUCAGACUCAGACUCAGACUCAGCCUCAGACUCACUCGUGCGCAAUCCAACCCACCAGCCGCAUCAGCUCGAAGGAGGAAAAUCCAGGCGAAAGGAGGAGCCGGGAGCCGGGAGCCAGGAGCCAGAGGCCACAGAUCCACAGAUAGUUGUGCCAUAGUCCAGCCACAUAGAAAUGCCGUCGCCAGGACACCACACAUCAUUCUGCUGCUCCACGGCAGGAUUUAUCGCCUGCUCAGCAAUCGUUCUGCUGUGCAGUUCCGAGGUCCUGUCGAGCUGGGAGGAGUGGUGGACAUACGAUGGCAUAUCCGGACCAAGCUUCUGGGGCCUCAUCAAUCCGCAGUGGAAUAUGUGCAACAAAGGCCGCCGCCAGUCGCCCAUCGACGUGGUGCCCGACAAGCUGCUCUUCGAUCCCUAUCUGCGGCCCCUGCACAUCGACAAGCACAAGGUCUCCGGCACUCUGCACAACACCGGCCAGUCGCUGGUCUUCCGCGUGGACAAGGACACCAAGCAGCACGUGAACAUAUCCGGCGGCCCGCUGGCCUACCGCUACCAGUUCGAGGAGAUCUACAUCCACUACGGCACGGAGAACGUCCGCGGCUCCGAGCACUUCAUCCAGGGCUACAGCUUCCCCGGCGAGAUCCAAAUCUACGGGUUCAACAAGGAGCUGUACCACAACAUGUCCGAGGCGCAGCACAAGUCGCAGGGCAUCGUCGGCCUGUCGCUGAUGGUGCAGAUCGGCGAGACGCCCAACCCGGAGCUGCGGAUCAUCACGAGCACCUUCAGCAAGGUGUUGUAUCGAGGCUUCUCCACGCCCAUCCGACACAUAUCCGUGAGGUCGCUGCUGCCGAACACGGAUCACUACAUCACCUACGAGGGCUCCACGACGCAUCCGGGCUGCUGGGAGAGCACCGUCUGGAUCAUAGUUAAUAAGCCCAUCUAUAUCACCAAACAGGAGUUGUACCAACUCCGACGACUGAUGCAAGGCUCCGAGAGUACACCAAAAGCUCCCCUAGGUAAUAAUGCGCGACCCGUGCAAAGUUUACAUCAUAGAACCGUAAGAACGAACAUAGAUUUUAAGCGCAACAAGAAUCAAUAUGCGUGCCCCUCGAUGUACAAGGACAUGUACUACAGGGCGAAUCGAUGGUCUCCGGACACGGGACUCUUGAUACGUUGACAACUGGGACAGGAGUGCUGCGGAAAGCAAUUAUUAUUAUUGCUAUUAUUAUUAUGUGUGGUAAAUAAUGUUACAGCAAUUACAACUAUAAUGACAACAACUGGUUACAAAAACAUCAACAACUGAGGCUGGCAACGAAGCAUUUUGCAUUUUGCAUUUUUUAUGUCGCAUUCAAUUUUUAUAUUCAUGUUUACAACACGAACUCAGGAUUCGUUUGGCUUGCAAUUGCAAUAUUCCUACAGCGGCAGCACAGCAAUUUGUAUUAUUUAUUUCAUUAUUAUUAAUAAUACAACAACGGGGCAAAUUUAGGUAACAAAUGCAUGCAAAAUGCGGAAAGAGAAUGCUUAUGGAGCCGGCAUAACAAUAGAGUAAAUUCCAUGCCAAACGCAAAUGCUAAAUUUAACAAACAAAAAGCUGACACACAGGCACUAGCAAAAACUAGCAAAUUGCAAAUAGUAGCUGAAAAUUUGCGUAAAAAUUGUAUUUUUUGGGGGAGGGGGGGAGAGUAUGAGAACUUAAUUCAAUGAAAUUAAAAACAAUUCCUUUUUGUCUUCGAUUUAAAUUUAUGCGCACAACAAAGAGCACGACUCUGUGCUGGUUAUUAUGCGAAGGCUUAAAUUUGUUCAAUUUAAGCGCGUAAUUAAAUAAACAAGAACUGUUGCUUGGUAAUCAACUGAUUUUCAAAGGAUAUCUGUGCGAUUUAAAGGCUUAGAUCUAAUCCGGCUCAUUUGAAUAUUUUCGCUUCAAUGCAUCCAAUAUAUUUAUAAUUAUUUGUGAUUCGCCUCCUUUGUUUUCAAUGCCGAUAGAAAAACAAUUCAGUAAAAAAAAAAGCGACAAAAAAACAAGUGACAACAAAGUGAAAUAAGAGAAUUUCCGUAAACUGGAUGGGUGGACAAUAACUAACAAACAAAACGAAACGAAACGAAAGGUAAACGAGGAGUUGGAGACGAAAUAUAAACAAAUGGCAACAGACAUUAACAAGAAAAAGAAGUAAAUAUUCAUAUAAAUAUACACAAAAGUAAAGGUAUCUAUAUAAAGUCAUAUAUGUACACACCUAUAUACACCACGCUAUCAGGGGAACCGCAGACGUCUCUAGGCAUUCGCACUUGUAUCUUGAAGAUAGAUAUGCCAAAGGGACAGAUGCUUCUUGGGGCACUUGCGAAAAUCUCUAGGGACUUCUGCGGCCCUCCUGUCUAUAUAUACACACUAUAUUUGUGAACGGAAACCAUAAACCGAACUACUAAGCAAUGCAGCCAGGAAGUUGAACAAAAUCGGCGCACUAUAUCCGAUGGCUAUGUGUAACUCCCACACCCAAGCCCACGCCCCUAGGUACACCCACUCACACACCCAUAAGCGUCUAUAUACUUGGCUUGUAAAACGACGAUGAUCUGGCAGGACAUCCCAGCCCCGGCAAGCGGCCAUCUAUAUAUCUAUAACUAGUCACCAGGCAUGGAGUAUACAACUAGCCAAACGGAAUGGGCUACAAAACGUAAUCUAACUCUAGAGGACACUAGUAUAAACUAACUAAAUAAUUGAUUAACUAGCCGUGUUGCUAACAAAAACCCCAAGAAAAUCAAAUUCGAAUUAAUGAGUAAACCGAAAAACACGAUCUAUAUAUAUACAUAUGUAAACGAGAUUUUUUUUUUUGAAGACAAACAGUGUUGUAAAGUGCUGUAAAGACAAGUAUUAUGGCUAAUGUAGAACCUAAGUUACUGAAUAGCGUUUAGCAGUUAGCACCACCUGAGUUUGUAUGAUAUACACACGAAUAUAUAGUAUACCAAAAAGCAUAUAUAUAUAUAUACAGAUAUAUAUAUAUAUAUAUCGGAUCCGUUCAAUUCCCACAUUCGCAGCUGUCGAGCGACACUUUGUGCAAUUAUUUCUUUGGGCCAACAACCGAAAACCAAGCGAAACUAACUAAGGAACACACUAACUAGCCGACCAGUUAGGCCCCCCGAUUAUAUAUGUAGAGCAUUAACUAUUUGUAUAAAAGCUAAGGGGAUCGAUACGAAUUCCUCAACUCGGUAACACUUUGCUGCGACUGUAAGUUACUAUUGUGUUGCCAUAUGAAAAACCAAAAAAUUAAAAGGAGCAGAAACUAUAUAUAUAUAUAUAUAAAUUAUACAAAUUCUAUAUAUAUGUAACUAUAAAAGCAAGAAUUACUAGCAGCGGUCGAGAGAGAAGGUAUUAUUUCCCGGGAAAAUCGAAAUUGGAGAAUGCAAAACUAAUAAAUGAAAUGCGAAAGUAUUAUAUGAAAACCAAAAUUACUGACUUCUUCCCUCACUUUUGGGGUGGGUAAUCUUUUCAGCCAGUCAUUCCAAUAUCCGGAACUCCGCCUAGAAAUGGAAUUUCAAAUCAUCCCCAGAC